UGUGUAUUUGCACGCGCGCUUGUGCAAGUCGCGUAUUGAUGACGUCCGAACGCUGAUAGGGCACACAGACUGAUUUAGCACCAAAAGUCCAGAGAUGUCGUCUUUUUGCGGCACCGGCGAUGACUUUCAAGAUGCAGGUCAAGAGACCACUGAAAAGCAGGACAAGGACCAUCCACGUGUCCUCAUUCCUGAGUUAUGUCGGCUCUUCUACCAGCUGGGAUGGGUGACUGGGACGGGUGGAGGGAUAAGUCUGAAACAAGGAGACCAGAUCUACAUUGCACCAUCAGGUGUUCAGAAAGAGAGAAUCCAGCCAGAAGAUAUGUUUGUUUGUGACAUGGAGGAGAGGGACAUCAGCUGUCCUCCUGCCUGGAAGAAGUUGAAGAAGAGCCAGUGCACACCACUUUUUAUGAACGCCUAUACUAUGAGAGGGGCACAGGCAGUUAUACACACCCACUCGAAGGCUGCUGUCAUGGCAACGCUGCUCUAUCCUGGCAAAGAGUUCAGGAUAACACACCAGGAGAUGAUCAAGGGGAUUCGUAAGGGCACCUCAGGCACAAACUAUCGGUAUGAUGACUUCCUGGUUGUGCCGAUUAUUGAAAAUACACCAGAGGAGAAGGACUUGAAAGACCGGAUGGCUCGGGCAAUGGAAGAAUACCCAGAUUCAUGUGCAGUUCUUGUCCGCAGGCAUGGUGUCUAUGUGUGGGGCGAGUCGUGGGAAAAAGCGAAGACUAUGUGCGAAUGCUACGACUACCUGUUUGACGUUGCAGUCCAGAUGAAGCAAUGUGGACUGGACCCCUCAGCCCUUCCGAUGGAAGAAAAAGGAAUAGUUUGAUAUUUGAUGGUGCUUUUCAAAGAGACAUUUGUGGCAGAAAGGUUAGUGGAGUUCAAUCAGGAGAGCAGAUUGUAAUCAUUUGCCUUUCAUGCCAGCCUGCUUCAAAUUUGAUGAAAUUUGAUGGUAAGGGUAGAUUCAGGGUUGAAGGAGAUUGAAUGCCUGCGAUCUGGAAGAAUCUGAAGGAACACUGUGAAGCACUGUGGGACAACUCAUGAGUGAGCAGCUGUCAAAUCAAUGUCCUUAGGUUCAAAUGUUUCUCUAUUCAAGUCUGACUGGACUGAAAUCAAGGUCUCGGUGUAUGCCAGGCAUGAACAUCACGCUGCAUUUCACUGACUGCUUCAAUCGAUUUAGAAAAGAAAAAAAAGCCAAUAAAAUGUGUAAUUGUGUAAAAUAA